AUGGAUGAGUCACUUCUGACAAGACUACGGCAGGAGACUAACUCAAACUUUCGUCAAUAUUUCUGCACCAUUCCUAGUGACCAGUAUGGUAUGCUCAAACUGAGCAGCCCAGCUACCAUCAGCAGUGACAGUCGUCCAUCCAUCUUCCCAUGUAACACACUCUGUUUUCUCCAUUAUAUUUCACAACAACAACAACAACAACAACAACAACAACAACAAUAA